AUGGUGGGUCUGCGCAGGUGCGCGCUUGUCGUGGGCGUCGCGGCUGCUUUGGCAGCUCCGGCCCUCGCAGAAGAGGCCGACGGCGCCUUCAUGAAGAAGGACUCCACUACCACUGUCGCGGCAGUCGAGGAGGACCCCAAGGUCGACUCCCGCUUCUUCGGCCUCUUCACGAGCUGGAUCGACGUGAUGUGCGACCUCAUGUACAGAAAAUACAUGACCAACUACGGUACUCCCGUGCCUCCGCCUCCCCCCCCUCACCACCACCACCAUGAUCACCAUCAUCAUGACCAUCACCAUCAUCAUCAUCACCAUCGCCCAGAGUCAUCGGAAUCCGUCUCGGCCUCUGUCGAAGUCUCCAGCGAAGACAGCCGCCCCCGGCCCCUCCUCCCUCCUCGUCCGCAUCCCCGGCCGCCCCGCCCACCUCGUCCUUCGUACUCGUACUCCGCCAGCUUCUCCAACGAGGGCAGCCUGCCGCACCGUCCUCACCCCCCCGUCAAGCCCCACCCGCCAACGAAGCCCUACCCUCCAAUGAAGCCGUACCCGCCAAUGCCCUACCCGCCAAUGAAGCCGUACCCCCCAGCGGGAGUCUAUCCUCCCUUCUACCCUCCCUUCAGGCCACCGCGCCCCAGCUGGAGCUACAGCCGCUCCUGGAGCGUCAGUCGGGACUAG